GGUUGAACUACGGAUAAUUUUUUCCUCAGAUUGCUGGUGUAAUUGAAAAUGCCAGCGUUAUUGGAGCGGCCAAAGAUGACAAAGCUAAUGUAUCAGACACUGAAACGACAUAUACUUAGUGAACGUGAGAGAAAAAAACAAGCUGAGCAAGAACAAGAUGCUAUGCUGGAACAAAAAUAGAUUUUUUAGGGGGUAUAAUGGGCCUUUAAGCAAACUGUUUUGUUCCUUUAACAGCUGAGCAAGAACAAGAUGCUAUGCUGGAGCAACAGAGAAAGGAAAGAGAGAUGAAGAAGAAGAAAGAAGAAGAUAACAAUCUCACUAUAGAACAGACAAAAGAACAAAUAUCACAGUUAGAAAAGAAGCUGGAACAGUUAGGAUCAGAGAAACACGAACUGUUCUCACAAUUAAAGAAAGUUCUUCAUCAGGAGGAUGAAACGAGGAAAAGAACUCAACUAAAGGAGCAAAGUGAAUUAAUGAGUGUUCAGGCACCAUACACUCACCCGGCAAUGCCUCCAGUGUCAGCUCAUUCGAUGCAUCUAGGACGGCCUACCAUGUACAGACCAACACAGAGUAUGAUAACAGUUACAUCUGUUCCGAAUGUUCCAAUGAAGAGACCAAGAAGUCCGUCCCCUACGCCAACAUCUGGUUACCAGCAUCCAUAUGAGAGCAAAAAGGCUGUUGCAAUGUAUAGUCAUUCUGCACAAGAUUUUAAAUCAGGAACAUACCCUGCACCAGCUCAACAAGGUCAGGUGACCUUCGUUUCCCAACCGGUACACUCGUUUCAGCAAUCUACAGUGUCGUACUCCACUUGUAAGCCGACCCCGGGAAAAUACCAACCAGCUAGCCAGUCGGCUUUCUCCACCUACCCAAGUCAUUAUGCUCAACAUCAAAAAACUAUACCUGAACAACAGUACCCGGCUGCUUAUCAAAUGCAAAGACUUCAACAGCCAGGUUAUUUAGCAUCACCACACUCUGCUAACAUUCCGUUACAACAGCAACUGCAGCAUGCUAAUGAGAAAGCAGGAUUUAAUGAAGGCGAGAAAUAUAAAAUGCAGCAGCCAGCACAGAUAAGGGGUGUGGCCCCCAUACAGGGUCAGCAGCCAGGAAUGUUACCAAUAUCUUUACAGCAGGAAAUGCCUGGAAGAGGAAGCAUAGUAACUGGAUUUGCGAGAAGUCAGGCACCACCAACAAGUUCAUACCAGCCAAGUAGCUCACAGCAGGUAAUGUAUCCAGGUCAACAGCCAGGAGGUCAAGGUCGUCCCGGUUACAAUAACCAAGGUCGUUACCAUUGAAAGGUUAUCAGAUAUUGGGACUGGUAUCAGAAAGUCUAGAAAGUGCAAUGAAAAGUUAAAUAUAAGGAUCUCAAUUUAUGAUGUUAUUUUUAAAUGUCAAAUAUCAAAGUUAUUUAAUGUCAAAUAUCAAGGUCAUUAGACAUGUAUUCAGUGUAUGAAAAUAUUUGAUUACAUCAGAACAAUGUUAUAAAACAUGAUUUUGCUACUGUGCAAUUCAAAAAAUAACUGAAGAUGUUAAUAAGAAGUGAUCUUGUGGAUAAGAGAAAGUGAUAAUUGUCUGAAAAGUGCUAUGAAAAUUUUGUAAUGUGCUACGUUUGUGUUUAGUGAAGUUUUAUAUUAGUCCUCUCACUUGCAUGUUAACAUAUGAUUUAGAUAUUGAAAUUUGAGAAAAAAUGAAGGAUUCAUUGCAUUGUUGUCAGUGAAAAAUGUGAAGAAGUGUGCCUUUUUUCUACUGUGACAGUGUUUGACUUUUUUCUACUGUGUUAUUGUAUUUUAAAGAAGGGAUUGUUUUUUUCUGGUGUAUCAGGUGUAUCAAGUGUGUGCAGGGGAGUUGGGGUUUGGAAGUUGAAAAGGCUGGGGUUGAGGGAAGGUAAAGAGUGAUGGUGGUUGAGGUAGAGGAUGGAAGAGUCAAGAGGAUGGAGGUUAAGAGAUAGUGGUUUAGGAAGAGGGAAAGAGGUUAGGGAUUGGAGUUGAGGAAGAGGGAAAGAGGUUAGGGAUUGGAGUUGAGGAAGAGGGAAAGAGGUUAGGGAUUGGGGUUGAGGAAGAGUUGAAACAGAUGCGAUGGAAAAAGUGUUGAAAUGAAUAAGGCAGAGGGACUGUGAUUAGUGAUUGAGGAAGAGGAGUGAAUUUGUUAAAUGUGCUAUACAGAUUAUUUGUUGUUAUUAUAUUUUGUAU